AUGUUCGGUCUCACUCCAAUUGCCAACUCUUUCUCAUUCUCUUCCAUCGUCUGUAAAUGCAAAGCAUCCGUUGACACUAACAGCCACGCGCUUGACGCCGCCUAUAUUCGACGCGCCGCCCUCCUAGCCGACAAAUCCGCCGGCUUCACUUCCCCUCAUCCCAAUUUCGGCUGCGUCAUCGCCACCCCAUCCGGAGAUGUCGCCGGUGAGGGCUACCUCUACGCGCAAGGUACUAGCCCGGCCGAAGUUCAGGCCGUCACCUCCGCUGGCGAGCGCUGCCGUGGUGCCACCGCUUACCUAAACAUGGAAUCCGGUGACUGUGACGGCGACAACGCUGCUGUAUCUGCUCUGCUUCAGGGUGGUGUCCAAAGGGUUGUCAUUGGAAUGAGACACCCUUUGCAACAUUUUAGAGGCAAGGCUGUUCGUGCACUCAGAAGUCAAGGAUUGCAGGUUGAUCUUCUCGGAGAGGAUCUCACCAGUAAGCUCAUAGAGGAUGCUCAGAAAGAAUGUCUUCUUGUUAAUGCUCCUUUGAUUUGUAGAGCUCAUUUGCAUGUUCCCUUUUCUGUUCUCAACUAUGCUAUGACCCUUGACGGUAAAAUUGCUGCUAGCACUGGUCAUGCAUGUUGUAUAAGCAGCAAGAAAUCUAGAAAUCUAGUUUAUGAGCUGCGAGCCAGAAGCAAUGCAAUAAUUGUGGGAGGAAAUACAGUUCGAAGGGACAAUCCAAGACUGACGGAGAGACAUGGAGGCGGGCAUAUGCCAAUACGUAUUGUAAUGUCUCAGUCCCUCGAUCUUCCAGACAAAGCAAACCUAUGGGACAUGACUGAGGUUUCUACCAUAGUUGUAACACAGAGAGUUUUCUGGGAGUGCGGAGGAACCUUGGCCGCAUCUGCUAUUUCAUCUGGAGUCAUUCACAAGAUUCAUGCAUUUGUUGUUCCUAAAAUUAUUGGUGGAAAGAAUGCACCAUCUCCUGUCGGUGAUCUUGGGAUGGUUGAGAUGUCACAGGCUAUAAAUCUAGUUGAUGUUUCCUAUGAGCAGAUUGGGCCUGACAUGCUUGUUAGCGGAUUUCUUCAACCGAUAUUGAACAUGGCACCGACAAUCCCAUCGCCAGAGGAAACUUUUGUUGUUGACCCUACUGUCUCACCUUAUGAAUCCAGCAUCAUAUUUUUCUACGAAUCAUGGGAUUCUUAUGGUGCGUUGUCAAAUUUCUCUCCUCAUCCCAUUCAAAUGCCUGAUGAAAAUGGCAAUAGCGUGACUUGGUUGAGUGUGGAGCAUUGCUACCAGGCGCACAAGUUUGUUGGAGUCGAUGAUCCUGCUGCGCGGGAUUGUAUUGAAAGGAUCAAAUCUUCAAAAAGUCCUGAAGAAGCUUUUUGCAUAGCAAGGUCAAUGCAAAAACAGCGCCCUGAUCUGGUAAGGCCUGACUGGGACAACACGAAGAUCGAUGUCAUGUACUCAGCACUGAAAUGCAAAUUCUCCACGUAUCCGCAGUUGAGUUCUAUGCUGGUUUCAACUGCUGGUUCGGUUCUAGUUGAGGCUUCUCCGCAUGAUAUCUUUUGGGGUGGUGGUCGAGAAGGAGAAGGCUUGAAUUAUCUUGGACGACUUUUGAUGAAGUUGAGAUCAGAGUUUGUCGAGGAAUCAUCAUCGUUGACAAGAGAGUCCCCUAGUUUAGUUGUAAAGUAG